UCACAAUGCAAGGGAAGGGGUAGACCAGCAGCAUUAUUUUUUUUUAUGUUUAUUAUUUGGCAUCCUUCAAAAAAAAAAAUCAGCUUUUGAAGCCGAUGAAGCCGCAGCUUCCUGAGCUGGGAUUUCCUCUCUUUCCUUUCACUGGACUUCAAAUGCAUUCACUUUUUAAUGACCGGCCGGGUGGGAUCUUCCUGGACGAAGUGCAGUUUUGGUAAAGCUACAAACCCAGCACUCACAGUACGCAGCGUGCCCAGAGAGAGAAGACCCAUCCCCCACCCCCUCCGCCCACCAGCUUGGAUAUAUAGAGAUAUAUUUAUAUAUAUAUUUUUAUGCAAAGAGAGAAAAAGUGCAAUUCGAGAUUAAAACAAACAAUUUCUCUGUAAAAUGGCAGCCGCCGCCUAUGUGGAUCAUUUUGCAGCCGAGUGCCUUGUUUCCAUGUCCAACCGCGCGAUUGUCCAUAGUCCCAAAGAGGACCCCGACACCUCACCCGAAGGCACAGCAGCCCCUCCUUUUCCGAAUGUUGAAGACAGGCGAGAAAGCAGAGAGACUGGCAAGGACAACGCCUCUUUGAUCGUGGUGGCCAGGAUUUUAGCUGAUCUCAACCAACACGUCCCAGCUCCUGCCCCGCCGACGGAGAGGAGGGAAAAUGUCUCCAAAAAGGAGAAAUUACCUAGCCGCCUCUCUCCGUCGGGGGAGCCGGCUCAGGAAGCCGCCUCCCCGGACAGCCGAUGGAGUGGAGAAGCAGCCACACCUACUAGUCCAGCAGGGAGCGAGCCCAGCCUCAAACAAAGGAGCAGACGGGGGAGAAGCCGAGCUGACCCCGAGUCACCUCAGAAAAAGCACAGAUGCCACUACGCGGGCUGCGAAAAAGUUUAUGGCAAAUCCUCCCACCUCAAAGCUCACCUAAGGACUCAUACAGGCGAGAGACCCUUUGCCUGCAGCUGGCAGGACUGCAGUAAGAAAUUCGCCCGGUCCGAUGAGCUCGCCCGGCACUACCGCACCCACACAGGGGAGAAGAAGUUCAGCUGCCCCAUUUGUGAGAAGCGUUUCAUGCGCAGUGACCACCUGACCAAACACGCCCGCCGCCACGCCAACUUCCACCCUAGCAUGCUCCAGCGGCGAAGUGGGAGUAGCUCCAGGACGGGAUCGGUCAGUGACUACAGCCGCUCGGACGCCAGCAGCCCCACCAUCAGCCCUGCCAGCUCGCCCUGAAUCUCCCUGGCCCGGGCAACCGCAAAACCUACCAUGCACUCUGUGGAGUCUGACUUGUGUUGCACACGUCUACAACUCUUUUGCUUGUUGUUGCUGUUUAAUUUUUGGAGGGGGGACGGGGGGGGGCGGGGGAAAUAGUUCAGUUAUAGCUUGCAGUCUCGGCAAAUACUUGUCGCCUCCUCCUGUGGGUGGCUGAACUAAUCUUACCAAUGGACGGAUUUAAUUCAUUUCCCGUACCUAAAUAUUCCUUUUGUUUUAUAGCCAUAUGCUUCUUGUUAACCUAUAUUUUUUUUUUAAAGAGAAAAACAUUUUUUAAAAGCCAACAACAACAACAAACUUUUCUUCACCUCAGGUGUCAAAGCAGAUUUGUAAAAAAAAAAAAAAAGAAAAAAAGAAAAAAAAAGAAAAAGAAAAAAGAAAAAAAGAAAAAGAAAAGAAAGAAAUGAAAAAAAUAAAAAAAAAACAAAUUGCACAAUAGAAACAACCACGUGAUUAAAAUUCAACUAUGUUGAACUCUUCCCCACCCCCCACCCCUUCCCCUUUCUCAGGGAUGGAUAUUUAUGUUACACAAUAAGUACAGUGAAGACACACCCUUACUGCAGCCUUACUCUGUAAAUAGAUUUGCACUCAGAAGUUUUAUGUUAGAUUCUUUCACACACUGGGGAAAAAGACAGACAAUAAUAAUGAUAAUUAUAAUAAUAAAAGAAACAAGGACUGGAAGCUAGUGCUUGACUGGUCAGUUUCAUAAUGGAAAUGCGUUCUUUCGUUUUAUGUUAACAUGCGGGACCAAACUCAGAGGUCUGGGAGCUAUAGCCUGUUUAGGAAAAAGCGCUGCUCUGGUUUUGCUUCCGGCUCUCCCCAACCCCUACCCCGUCCCCAGUCCCUUGCCACCUCCACUCCCUUACCCCUACUCCCAAUCACCAGCCCAUUGCUUCUGAGUGCCGAGUCUCUAACCCUGGUUAUUUCUUCAAGAUGGGAUCCCACUUCCAAUUACAGAAACAAAAAGCAAAUUCUCCCCAUUCAAGGCCCAAGUUGAAGGCACUUAUGCCUUACGGAGAUCCCCCAAAGUGAUGCCUUAAGCCUGAUUGGCAAACGGAAGAAAAGCCACAGCUAUGCUAAGGCCCCCACUUAUACUAAGAGAUGGCAUCAACCUCCACAAAGAGGCAGCCUCUCCUUCUAUAGUUAUUCUUGUCCCUGGGGACCCUUUUUUCCCAAGUGGUAGAGCUCAAAGCAUUCUCUCUCCACUGAAUUAGCAGGAAAUGCUAAAGCCCUAUCACUGAGACCAACUUUCCCCCUUUGUUGAAGUGCUGAGGAAGCAGAAUGUGGAAGAAGUCCUUUGCUGGCCCCUCUUCCCCUGCCCCCACACGGAGUCUUAUUAAGGUACUUACCUACUGCGCCCCUGGAAGCCACUGAGAUACCGAACUUGCACAACACAGGAAGUUCCUCUACCCCCUUGCAACAUAACUGUGGUGAAUGGUAAAAGCAAAAGGAACCUUUUAUUAUAAUAACAUGUACUCUGACUGGAAAAAUAAAAUAUACCUAUUUUUUUUAA